ACCCCAGAUUGGGAGAUGCAAUGUCAUGCCCUGGGAACGUAAAACCGAGGGUUAGGGUGAUGGAGAUAGUGGGAAAGAAGCCUAGAAAGAGGGGUUGGUUGCAGACUGAGAAGGGUCUGAAGUAGAUCCUGAAGCUCCCUAAGCGGGGCACUGGGUCUCUGGCAAUCUCCACGAGUCAGAUCGGUUGAGGAGUGAUGCGGCUUGGAGAAGGCUGAGAGGGGCGCCACGGGGAGGCGGGGCGGGAGGUUGUAAAAGCACAAGCAGCCACCGGACAAGGGCCGAGCAGUUCCAGAGCUCUCUGCAUGUCUCAGGGUGCACUGAAGUCCCUUCUUACUUUGCUUUACUAACAGGGCCACUGACAGCAGGAACCGCUUACAGCCUCCAGGGCAUGUGUAGAAACCUUGCCGGGUAGGCGGACUACGUUUCCCAGGGAUCUCUGCUGCCGCCAGUCGCAAGCAGUGGCCAUGGAAACGGGGACAGGCUGGCUCGCAGAGGAGGCAAGACCGGAAGAGGAAGGGACCGAUUCAGGCAGGUGCUUAACGUCACUUCCGCUUCCACGUGACGCUAGUGUCUCAGACGCGUUUUGCAUCUGCCUUGGCUUCCUUCCGAUUUCAGCCACCACUGGCACUGGAAGCUCCGCGUCCCGGGCUGGAGUGGCUCUGCCUUCCGGAGUGGACCCUCGCCUGGAGGAGGGCAUGGCCCCGGUGCUGACCGCCAGGACCCCGCAGGAAUCCCUUACAUUCAAUGAUGUUGCUGUGGAAUUUACUUGUGAGGAAUGGAGACACCUGGCCCCUCCUCAGAAAGAGUUGUACAGGGAGGUGAUGCUGGAGAACUACAGGAACUUAGUCCGCCUCGGACUUACAGUUUCCAAACCAGAUGUGAUCUCCCAGUUGGAGAGAAGGGAAGCACCCUGGACACCAGGAGGAAUCCAGAGAAGUAGCUGUCCAGAUUGGGAGGCUACUCAUGAAACUAAGGAGUUUGCUCUAAAGCUGGGGAUUUCAGUAGAAGAAUCAUCCCAAGAAGGAGGCAUAGAAGGCAUUCUUCAUUUAUCCACUUUACAAGAAGCCUGGGAACAUGAUGAUGCAGCAUUAGAAAGACAGGAGAACAAUGAGGAAAAACAUGCUUGGAAAGUAAAAAUAGCUCAAAAGAAAGGUGCAAAUAAGCCAAAAAGCUACAAAUAUGACAGAAGCAUCAGUCUGGGGCACCUUUCUUUUGCACGACAGAGAUCAUCUUUAGGAAUGAGCCUCCUUAAACGAGAUACAAAUAGAAAGCACUUAAGACUUUCUACAGACCUAAGAAAAUAUAAUAGAAUGUAUUCAAAGAAGAUAUUUUUCAAAUAUAAUGACUAUGGGAAAUUCUUUAAACAUAAUUCAGACUUUACUGAAAAUCAUAGGCUUCAUAAUGAAGAGAAACGUUAUCAAUGUAAUGAAUGUGGGAAAGCCUUCAGCCAGAGGGCCAGUCUUAUUCAACAUCAUAGAAUUCAUACUGGAGAGAAACCUUUUGAAUGUAAUGUGUGUGGGAAGGCUUUUCGCCAGAGCACUGGACUUAAUCAACACCAGACAGUUCAUACUGGAGAGAAACGUUAUGAGUGUAAUGAAUGUGGAAAGGCCUUCCGCCUGAGAAAACAAUUGAUUCAACAUUAUAGGAUUCAUACUGGAGAAAAGCCUUAUGAGUGUAAUGAAUGUGGGAAAGCCUUCCGCCAAAGUUCACAACUUACUCAACAUCAGACAAUUCAUACUGGAGAGAAACCUUAUGAGUGUGAGGAAUGUGGGAAGGCCUUCCGCCUGAGAACAUUGCUUAUUCAACAUCAUAAAAUUCAUACUGGGAAGAAACCUUAUAGAUGUGAUGAAUGUGGGAAGGCCUUCCGCCUCAGUUCACAGCUUAUUCAACAUCAGACAAUUCAUAAUGGAAAGGAGCCUUAUGGAUGUAAUGUAUGUGGAAAGGCCUUUCAUCAGAGAGCUCAACUUAAUCAACAUCAGACAGUCCAUUUCAGGGAGAAGCCUUAUGAAUGUAAUGAAUGUGGGAAGACCUUUCGCAAUAGUACAUGCCUUAUUCAACAUCAGACAAUUCAUACUGGAGAAAAACCAUAUGAAUGUCGUGAGUGUGGGAAAGCCUUCAGAUUGAGCUCUUAUCUUACACGGCAUCAGAGAAUUCAUACUGGAGAGAAACCUUAUAAAUGUGAUCAAUGUGGGAAGGCUUUCUGCCAGAGCUCACAGCUUACUCAGCAUCAGACAAUUCAUACUGGAGAGAAACCUUAUGUAUGCAAUGAAUGUGGGAAGGCCUUUAGUCAGAAAACAGAACUUACUAGGCAUCAGACAAUUCAUACUGGAGAGAAACCUUAUGAAUGCAAUGAAUGUGGGAAGGCUUUCCGCCGGAAAGCAGGACUUGUUGAGCAUAAGAUAAUUCAUACUGGAGAGAAAACUCAUAGAUGUAAUGAAUGUGGGAAGGCCUUUCGCUGGAAGACAGGACUUACUAUUCAUCAGAAAAUUCAUAGUGGAGAAAAACAGUAUGAAUGUAAUGAAUGUGGCAGUGCCUUCCGCCUGAAAAGACAGCUUACUCAACAUCAAAGGCUUCAUACUGGUGACAAACUUUGUGAAUGUGAUCAAUGUGGGAUGGUUUUUAGCCAGAGUAGAAACCUUAUUCGACAUCAGAGAAUCCAUAGUGGAGAAAAACCUUAUGAGUGUACUGAAUGUGGGAAGGCCUUCCGCCUAAAGGCACGUCUUACCAAACAUCUGACAGUUCAUACUGGUGAGAAACAUUUUGAAUGUAGUGAAUGUGGGAAGGCCUUCCGCCAGAAGCCACAUCUUACUGAACAUCAGACAAUUCAUAGUGGUGAGAAACCCUUUGAAUGUAAUGAAUGUGGGAAGGCCUUCCGCUUGAGGACACAGCUUAUUCAACAUCAUAGAAUUCAUACUGGUGAGAAACCAUUUGAAUGUAAUGUAUGUGGCAAGGCUUUCAGUCACAGGACAGAACGUAAUCGACAUUAUAGAAUUCAUACUGGAGAGAAACGUUAUGAAUGUAAUGAAUGUGGGAGGGCCUUCCGUUUGAGCACACACCUUACUCGGCAUAAGAGAAUUCAUACUGGGGAAAAACCUUAUGAAUGUAAUGAAUGUGAGAUGGCCUUCCGACUGAAAGCACAACUUACUCAUCAUCAGAGAAUUCAUAUUAGAGAGAACCUUUAAAAGUGUUAUUUAGGAAAAGCUUUCUUCUGGAACAAACAAUAUUAAUACAAAACAGAAAAGGCUUGUCCAUAUUAUAAAUAUAGAAUGUCUUUUAGCUAGAUGACAACUUAUGAAAUAGUAAGAAUUUCUUGCUGAGAAGCCAUAUAAAUAGGAGGGAAGGAAUAAAAUUAAAGAAUUGAAUAAAAAGGAAACCCCAUAGGUGAAACCGAUUGUAUUAUUUUCCCACAGCAGUGAUUCAAGACUUUUUUCUAUCUCUUCAAAGUACUCUCCAACUUCCUCCCCAAACCCUAAUACUUCAACUGAUUGAGAUUUUUAACUGAUUUAAGCAUUUAUAUUAUGGAAUCUCAUCUUCAUCUACAAUUCCACAAGUGUGAAUUUUUCAAUUACCUUCUGUCAUACUUCCUGCAAAGGUUUAUUUAGAAUAAAAAAGUCCAUUUUCCAUUGGAAAUGGUUUGUUAUUGUUAUUCAGUCAUUUCAUUCAUGGUCGACUCUUCAUGACCCCAUUUGAUAUUUUCUUGGCAAAGAUACUGGAAUGGCUUGCCAUUUCCUUCUCCAGUUUAUUUUACUGAUGAGGAAACUGAGGCAAACAGGGCUAAAUGACUUGCCCAGAGUCACACAGAUAGUCUCUGUAGCCGGAUUUGAACAGCCCAAAUUGAACUCCAGUAUUCCUGACUUCAGACCUGGCACUAUCCACUGCAACAGCUAGUUUCCCUGGAAAUAUUGUAAAAGUUUGUAAAAUUCAAUCUGAAAAUGUUUUAAAAUAAUAAGCUGAAACUCCACAACUAUUGGUAUGUUCAACCCCAGAUCAAACUUUGUUCCACAAUGAUAGUGUUACUGUACCUUGACCUUGGAAAACUAAUCAGAUCAUCAGAUGGUGACAUGGUGACAUGGCUUCUUCAUCUGUUAGUGUUUGGGAGAUUGGGGCUGGGUGAACACCUUCAAGUGGAUCCUAGUUUUCUGCAUCCUUUAUUGUAAACACUGGGUCCAGUUAUGUUGUUUCUCUUUCCCUUCCUGUGAGCUAGUCACAAGCCUUUGCCCAUUCUCUGAUUUAUCAGCAAUUCUUUUACAAUCAUAAAUCUGUUUCUAGUCCUAAUUGCAUGAAAGUAUUUGGGGAGGGAAUAAGAAAGACUUGAGAAUCCUCAGCUCUUUCUUUGCAACUAUGGAAAGCUAAACUCUUAGGAAAAUGUACCCCACCCUAUCCUCUCCUCCUUGAGCUCUAAAUUACGAGUAGGAUGCAAGUUCUUGUGGUCUUAAGGGCCCUGCAGGAUUCACAUUCUCUACUGACCUGUUUUUCCUUAAGUCAGGAAUAGGUAGGAAUUGCAUGCUCAAUUCACUGAUCUGCUUUUUCUCUAUUUUACUGAUAUAAACAUAUAGAAAUAAAAAUUCCAAUAAGUA